UUCCGCCUCGAGCUGCUCGAGGCGUGAGGGGUCUGGGCCCCCCCUCCGCAGCCGCUGGAGCCGAAACUGCCUCCCCCGUCCUCGGCGGGCCGACAGGCCGACCAGCGCGCGGGCUGCCCCCAUGGCGGCUUCGGCGGCACGGGGCGACACGGUGCGGAUGCAGAAGCUCCUGGAGCUCCUGGAGGCGCUGCGGGGCGUCGAUUCGGCUGUGCGCCGGGAGGCGGCGACGGCGCUCGGGGAGCUCGGCGCCGCGGAGGCCGUGCCCCACCUCCUGGAGGCGUUGCGGGGCGGCGCCGGUAGGCAUGGGCGCCAGGAGGCGGCUGUGCGCCGGGAGGCGGCGGGGGCGCUCGGGAAGCUCGGCGCCGCGGAGGCCGCGCCCCAGCUCCUGGAGGCGCUGCGCUGCGGGGCGACGCCGAUUCGUAUGUGCGCCAGGAGGCGGCGAGGGCGCUCGGGAAGCUCGGCGCCGCGGAGGCCGCGCCCAGGCUCCUGGAGGCGCUGCAGGGCGACGCCGAUAUCGGAUGUGCGCCGGGAGGCGGCAAACGCUUUCUGGAAGUUCGGCGCCCUCGAGGUCGCGCCCGGGCUCCUGAGGAUGCUGGAGGAGGACGGUGAUUCGGAGUUUCGCCGAACGGCGGCCAAGGUGCUCGACAGGUUCGACCCCAAGGACCUCGCCUUGCAGCUUGUGCGCACGGUCAGGAACAGGGACAUGGGCAUCCCUUGGCGCGAGACCGCGGCUUCGGAGCUGGCCAGGCUGGUCACCAAAGAUGCCGCUGUGGCGCUGGCGCUGGCCGACGAGCACGCCGACGCGUUGCACGACGCGGCGCAGGAGGAGGAGGUUGGCAAAGUCUUCCGCGACAGCUGCGCCAAGGCUGUGGGUAAGAUCGACGCGGCGCACGCGCAGGCGGCCGACGACGCAGCCAGGCACGGCACAGCUACGCAGCACAGGGCUUCCACUUCUGGUUCAUGAGCCGCGAGGAGUUCCUGGUUCUGCCUGAGGACAGGCCAAUGCCCCGCCACCAGACCCUGAGGGAUCAGGGCAAGUUGGUGCGCAUCUUCAUGACCGAGGCAGACGUCGUAUGUGGAGCGGCGAGGACAAAGGCUGCAGUCAGCCAUCGCUGGGUCAGGCAUUGGCACAUUGACCCAGACUGCACCAAACUGAAGAAACUGAAGACGAUUCUGCGCGAUAGCCCGCACAUCACCCACGUCUGGAUCGACUGGGCGUGCAUUCCGCAGAAAUGGAAGGACGACGCCACGGAAGGGCGCAAAACAUUCAUGGAGCAGCAGGAGUUUGACAGGACUUUGGCGAACGUCCUCCCAUAUCUCUACCUGGGUUGCACAGUGCUAAUCAUGUUCGACGCCGACUACAACCGGCGGUUUUGGCCGAGCGUGGAGGCCUGGACGUCGAUGUGCCAGAUCACCCAGGACGGGCUUGCGCCGGCCUCUCGUCUGGAUACCCGUGCCCAGGUGCACGGCGUCGCUGGCAGCGACGGCCAAGCCGCCCUGCGCGACUACCUCUUCGGAGCCUGGCUGCACAAGUCGGCCGAGGAGGCGGCCUGGACGCUCCGGUUCGAGGAGUACUUCGUAACCAACCAGAAGGACAAGGAGGUGAACCUGGAGGUCCUGGCUGGCCUGGACGAGCGUGUGAAGGGCAUUCUGGAGCAGAACCCCAGCCUGGCGGCCGCCUUCUCCAGCAAGGGCGGCCGCGACACCCCGCCCGCGCCGGCCCCCGGCCUCGCGCCGCCGCCGCCCCUCGGCGCGUGCCGCCGUGGCGCCGCCUACCUCGCGGCCGAGUCCCGGUUCUGCCGCAUGUGCGGCUCGCCCGCCCCGGCCGACCUUGCGCCGCCCGCCGGCGCGUGCCGCUGCGGCGCCGCCUACUUCACGGCCGAGGACCGGUACUGCAGCAGGUGCGGCUCCGCCCGCGCGCCCGAGGAGACGACCGGCGGCGCCGCGGGAUGCGCGGC